CUCCUGUUGUUCGUGAUUCCAAGUGUGUAUAUGGGUCUAGAGAGAUAAUUGAUUUAAAGCGUUUAAGACCUUAUUCAUAUAUAAAGCGUUUAAGACCUUAUUUCAUACUCUACCCUAGGGGUUGAGAGUUGCCCAAUAAUAUUAAUGGCUUUUCAUGUGUCAUAAGGCAUUGCAAAAGGGGGAAAAUCACAUUUCACAAUCUUUCAAGACACUGCAUGAACAGACAUGCUAGUAUUUUUUUUUGUUGCUUUUUUCGCUUCCUCAAGUGGUCCCAAACUUCUGUGUAUACAUAUCUCAAAGAAGUGGACAGUAAAGGGGGCCAAGUGCCUUGAGGGGAUUACCUUGCAUGCAUUUUGCAGAAUGACAGUUUGGACAUUCAUAGCAGCAGUUUUGCAAUUACAUUUUGUAUGCCUAUACUCAAAGAGAUAGCUCUUUUUUUCUCAAGCAAUUUUGUCUGCACCAUCAACUUCCUCUUCCACAUCUGAAGUUUGCCAUCUUGUGCUAGUGGCGUUCACUCAUUUGCCUGGUCUCAGCAUAACUGUGUGCACACCAUGGAGGACUACAGCAAUCAAACAGAUGUUAUCUGCAUUGCCUUUUAAGUCUUAAUGCAGUUGUUUUUCACAAACAGAUUGGUCUUUGACUUUGAAACUGUGUCAAAGGUCCAUUCUUGAGGAAAUGUGGUGUCAUGAGGGGUUUUUAGGUUUGGUGUAGCCCCAACCACACUAUUUUAUAGACAUUAUUACAUCCCUUUUUAAUCACCACACAUAAACAAAUAAAUAAUAAUACUGCUUAGCCAAAAAUUAGCUUAAAUGAGAUACCAUGUUCAUUUUUUGAUUGGCAAUACAAAACACUAGGCUAUGUGACUGAAAAAAAGUUGAUUGAAUGACUGGCAGUUUAUAUGUACAUGUUUUCCUCUUGUUACUACAACAUACUGGCCAAUGUUUUAUGUAUUUCUAUUCUUUUGCCUGGAAAAGACAGCUGAAUUACACCCAUGGGCCUAAAUGUUAUUAUUAAGAAAUACUUGUUAGGCAUGCUUGUGCUCUGUGGUAAUGGGCCUCUGGCAACAGUCCAUUCGAUUGCAAAGCUCAACAUCCUACUGAACUAAAACAACUCGGUCUCUAGGACAUAAGAGCCUCAAGCAGGUGAAAUGUCAUCUGGAAUUUUCCUCACCCAUAAAAGGGGAUGUAAUGGAAUUGCACUGCAUGCUCUCUAAAUCCACUCAAGACCACUAGUUCUGCUUUACUUUCAAGAUUAAUGGAUUAGCUUAUAGGGAGGCAUACAUCUUGUGCACCAGGUCCACUCACAUAGUGUUAGGAAGUAAAAUAUCUUUACUGUUACACAAAUGGAACUUCUAUGUUAAAAUCAAUCUAAACAUACCUAAUUUUGAUCAAUUGUGUGUUGAACAGGCUUAUAAUGACAGCAUAAUUUGUCACCAUAAAAAUAAUAACACUGACAAUGGCUGUACACAUUUUGUAGGCCACUGUUAAAAGAAAUUCUUAUUUGCUUGCUAUUCUGUAAUAUACCAUAAGAAAGAGACUGCCAAUGCAGAUGCAUAGUCUUCAAUGAGACACUUUCUUGUAGACGUGAUAAUGGCAUAUCUUAUGUAUGCAAUAUAAAAGACAAUGUGGAAGUAUUAUGUUGCAAUGGAAGCGAGACUGACAAAGUCACACAGUGCCAGACUUCUGGUCUUGAAUAAGCACAUGUUGAAUAGAACUGUUUUUCUGCCAGCUUGGAAAAAGUGGCCCUCACAAAAUCAUGCUUGUGCACUCUUGUGCAACAUGGCAAGAUCUUUGCUAUCAUGCUGUUGCUUUCACAUCUUGACUUUCAAAGUCAAAUUGUGGUGAUUUUCGGUCUAGAUGCUUUGACACAGUUGCACACAGGAAAUGUGAAACUUCCUCAAAAGGUACCACAAAGCGUACGAGACGAAAACAGUCACAGAUUAAAAAUGGAGACGUUCAGCUCAAAACACAUGGCUAUGAAGGCUCAGAAAAAGAUCCUCAGUCACAUGGCCAACAAGUCCGUGAUGCAGAUGUUCAUAGAUGACACCAGCAGCGAGAUCCUGGACGAACUCUACCGGGUGUCCAAGGAGCACACGGGGAACCGCAACGAGGCCCAGAAGGUGGUGAAGAACAUGAUAAAAGUGGCGGUCAAGGUGGGGGUACUCUUCCGCCAUGAGCGGUUCAGUGCCGACGAGCUCUCCCUGGCCCAUGAGUUCAAGAAGAAGUUUCAUCAUGGAGCGAUGACAGCCAUCAGCUUUCAAGAAGUAGAGUUCACUUUUGACAAGUCGAUCAUGAUAGACAACUUGGUCAUAUGUCGGGACAUACUAUUGCAGUUGGUUGAGAAGCACCUCACACCAAAAUCCCUGGAUCGCAUCCGCCAUGUCUUCAACCACUACGCUGACCCGGAUCUACUGACCAACCUCUACGAUCACGAGGGAUCACUGUGGCCACACCUGACAAAGAUCUGUGGAGGCCUCAAUAAACUGAUCGAAGAGGGCAAGCUCUGAGCGACAGGCCCUAUGUCGAAGAACCUGACCAAUCUGACAGUUACAGCAUCACAGAUAAACAGGGAAACAGGGUGUUGGCACUUGAGUUCAAGAGCCCACUAUGCUGACACCUCAGCUGAAACCAUUUCCAACGUUUAGCCUGUAUUGAUGAGCGAGAGGUAAUUCCCACUCAGAUCAGCGCAGCUAGUGUGGAGAAAUGUCAAGGCAGUGAUCAAAGUCUGACUGUGGGAAGGGUGUGUACUGUACAGAGCGAUAACAUGCAAGUAUCUUGAAAAUGCUCGUCAAAUCCAUAUGGCCACAAGUGCUGGAAUGCUGAAGCCUACCCAUUAAGAACUAACGGCCAUGACAUUCUGGAACUGCCUCUGUGAAUUUAUCAGUUUACUGUAAAGGACUUGUACAUUGUAGAUUGGAUUAUAAUCUGUAAGAUUACGGAGUCACUCCCUCCUUAACACAGUGUAAUGCAGUCAUGUGUGUGUCAGUUCUACUGCCACUUUCAAUACACAGUAUCCAUGUCUUCUUUCUUUUACAACCAUGCAUAAUCAGUUUUACAUUGCAAAUGCUGUUCAGCUGUUUUCAUUUAUUUAAAGUUUACCUAUCAUGUUUUUAUGUUUUGUUUAGCCCAAAAUGAUGCACUGUUUAGCUAUCUCAUAGCUCGUAAAUGAAACAUAAAUUGGUUGAUACCUGCAAUGUGAAUGACAUUUUCUCUUUAUCUAAAUCAGUGU